UCACGCUCCUUUUGUUUCCACCUUCACUUCCAACUUCGACCAACUCAACUCUUCUUCUUUUUCUUUCUUUUUUUUCUCUGAAAAAUAUAAUUAAAUAAUAGAUAGAAAAGAAAAAUAAAAGAACCGUUCGUUUAGUUCAAAAUUCAGUUCGCCACCUCGCCACCGUGAAAUGUUACCGGCGGGAAACGUAACAAGAAUUACCGGUACCGGAGAUAAAGAUCUAGUUAGUUAGAAUCGGAAAUGGAAACUCAGAAGAGUCAAGUGAAGCUAACAAGAACACAAUCGUCACUUCUCAAUCUCAGUUCUUCACCAACAAUCCGAUCAUCGUUUCAAAGCCUUUCUUCCAUCAACGAUUACUGCGACGAAGAAGACGACAAGAACAACAAGAAGAAAAUCAAGAAGCCACAAAAAUCCUCUUAUUACAACAAUUCUUCACCGCGAUCCGGGUCGACCCGAAUAACCGCACCGGUUAUCGCGGUUGUUUCGUUAGGUUUCCUCGGCGCGUGUUCUUUCUUCUUCUACUUCUCCUUCCUCGGGAGUGACGAGGUGCCGACCUCAGAGAAUCUGUUACUCGCGUUAAUUUUCAUCGCCGUCGCGCUUUACUUCGCGUCGAGGAACAGAGGCUUAAUCAACCAUGGAGUUUCGGUUGUAAAGCAGUGGUACGACGGGAACGUGAAACGUUUCGGGUUAACGAAAACAGAAACGAAACCGGUUCAGUGGUUCAUAGGUGGUUCAACAACAAAAGCUACAACAACGAAAAAGAAGAGUGUGAGGGAAGGAGUUGAGUUUUACAGCAAUGGUGAUUUUUACGAAGGGGAGUUUCAUAAAGGAAGGAGUAAUGGGAGUGGUGUUUACAAUUACUUUGUGAAUGGAAGAUACGAAGGUGAUUGGGUUGAUGGAAGAUACGAUGGUUAUGGAAUUGAGAGUUGGGCUAGAGGGAGUCGCUAUAAGGGUCAGUAUAGGAAGGGAAUGAGACAUGGUUAUGGAGUUUAUAGAUUCUACACCGGAGAUUCUUUUUCCGGUGAAUGGUGUAAUGGUCAGAGUCAUGGUAUGGGUCUUCAGACUUGCUCUGAUGCUAGCACUUAUGUUGGUCAAUUCAAACAUGGUGUCAAACAUGGUCUUGGUUGUUACCACUUUAGAAAUGGAGAUAGAUAUGCAGGAGAGUAUUUUGGAGACAAAAUUCAUGGAUUUGGAGUCUACCAUUUUGCUAAUGGACAUUGUUAUGAAGGAGCAUGGCACGAUGGUCGAAGGCAGGGUAUUGGCUCAUAUACUUUUCGAACCGGUGAUCGAAGAUGUGGUGAAUGGGAUGCUGGCAACCUGAAGCAUUCUCUUCCACCGCUAACUGAUGUUGUCCAUCGAGCGAUUGAGGCUGCUAGGAAAACAGCUGCGGACGCGAUAAACCUUAAGUCCGUCGAUGAUCAAGUUAACAAUGCAGUGAUCGCUGCCAACAAGGCCGCCACUGCUGCUAGAGUUGCUGCUGUGAAGGCUGUGCAGAACAGAAUGGAUGGAAAAUUUUGUGAAACUUUUGUCUGAGAUAAUUCAAUGUUAAUUAGUUUUUGUUUGCAAUUGUAAAUUUUUACUAAUUUUGAGUUACUUGGAAGAUGACAACACCCUGAUGAGCUAAAGCUGAUUGGAGGUUGAAAAAAGAAUAUGCUUUGAUGUUUUUUUUUUUUACCAACACCAUAACUUGUAUAUAAACCAUGUAUAUCAAUGAAAGUUCAAUUUUCAGCA